ACUUGAUCAACCUCGAUCAAUAGUUCUGUCCCAGAGUUUGUUUCGAAGGGAUCUGCUGCAUCUUCAUUUCCCAGAUUUCUCCUCCUAUUAAUCCAAUCAUCUGUAGAAGAAGGCCUAUCCAAAACUAAGCCAUCCAGAAGAAAUGACAUUCUCGACUGCACGGCUCUAUAGAUAUAUCAGAUUCCUUUCACAUCAUCCUAUUUUAGGCUUUGUAAGUUUCAUAGCCCAUAUAAUACCGGUGUACUUGUGCCCAUUCAUACGCACUGUCGAUCUUCUCGCUGCUGGUGAUGUUCCAGUUGUUGCCCUACCAUCUGUGGUGUAUCUGUUCUUGGAUCCUCUGUUUCUAUAUGCUCCUUUAAUCAACGGGGACACCAAAUGUCUCGUGUUAGACCACAGAUUGAAGAUAACAGCUCUUGUUUUUCGAUCUUGGGGAGAUCUUCAUUACCUAGUAAAGAUGUUUGAAGGCCUUCGGCGGAAGAGCCCUAUCUCUAAGAAACUGUCGGGGCUGGCAAUUGACACGCUGGCUAUUCUACCUAUUCCACAAGUUACAAUCUUAGGUUUUCUUCCGAAGAUGAGGGGCUCCAACUCUUUGAAGACAAUGAAUGUUCUCACCUCCCUUAUUGUACUGCAAUAUCUGCCACGAGGUUACCCCCUCUAUCAACUGUGCAGUACGUGGAAUACAUGGACCAUUGGCGGUACGGGAUACAAGCUUCCAAAUUGGUCUUUAAUUGUCAUCAAUAUCUAUGGGUACAUUAUUGCCAGCCAUAUAUUCGGAGCAUUUUGGUACUUUUUCUCCAUCCAACGAGAGAUAGAGUGUUGGGAACAUGCUUGCAGAAUUGAAAAUGGAUGUGAAUUUAGUACUUCAUGUGUUCAAAAUACAUACAGAAAUAUCACACUUUUGAAGAACUUGUGCCCUAUAGAUCCCCCAAAUAAACAAAUAUUCGAUUUUGGCAUAUUUCGUGAUGCUUUACAAUCCGGCAUUCAAGGAUCAACAAAUUUUUCACAAAAAUGGCUGCGAUGUUUUUCAUGGGGCAUACGAAAUCUAAGUUCUUUUGGUUCAAACCUUGGUGAUACCAGUGCAUAUGGAUGGGAAAACUUGUUUGUGGUUCUCAUUUCGAUAAGUGGCUUGCUACUGUUUAUGUAUCUCUUGGGGCACGUGCAGGAAAUUAUGCAGAAGGUCAACAAACCAAUUAAAGAAAUGAUUAAUAUACGAUCCAUAUUACAUGAAUAUGGCAUGUCUGAUGAUGAGAAUCAUGGGAUGGAGAAGAAAAUCAAGCUUGUGGUAAAGUCUAAACUUCAACACGUUGAAAACCCUAUUGUGGAGAAUAUGUCUUCAAUUCUUUCCCUAGUAGAAGAUAAAAAAUUUACUAUGCAGAUCAGACGCAAACUCUUCAUGGAUAAACUCAAGAAAGUCGAAGGGCUUAAAGAUAGAACGGAAGAAGUUUUGGAAAAAAUUUGUGAGUGUCUUGAGCCAAUGAUCUAUAGGAAGGGAUGCUACAUUAUUCGAGAGGGGGAGCCACUUGAUAUGAUGUUCUUCGUCACAUGGGGCAAUGUACUCACCUAUGCGACUAAUAAUGGUGGAUCAAAUGGUUCUUCAGGUACCAUCCAACAUGAGAAAGAGAAAGAUGAUCUGUAUGGCAAAGAGCUUCUAACUUGGGCAGAAGAGCGUUCUGACAAAUUGUCCUACUUACCGAUCUCUCCCAUAACUGUCAAGUCCCACAACAAAGUUGAAGUCUUUGCUCUCCAAGCUACCGUUUUACAGCUUGUUGUCUCUAAAUUCCAAAGUCAGUUCAAUCUCACCAUAGCUGUCGAUAAUGAAAUAGUGAAUUAAUUUACUUAUCUCAUUCCUAUAAAUGCCAUUUUAUUUUACUAUAGUUAGGAUCUACGCCAAGUUUAAUUUGCUUUAUGGUAGGGCGUUUGAAGACCUCAAUGCUAUGUAACACGUUCAAAUAAAAAUUGAAGGUGUGAAUCC